AUGCCGCCUAAGCAAUCCAAACCCGACUCGCGCGCUGUGACCAUCCUCUUCAAGAAGCAUAAAACCACUGUGCUUCUGAUGCUCCAACCCCACGAAUCACUCGACUUGACCAAGACAAGGCUUCUAAAUGCCCUGAAAUCACGAGAAGUUACCGCCAUAAACGGCGACACUGUUCCUGAUGACUCCCUCGACAUUGAGUUCGGUGAGCCUGUCGACCGGGCAGACCCCGAGAAAGGCUGGAAGCGCCUCCCGGUAGAUUCGUCACAAAAUGAGUCAGUAACUGUAAUGGAGGCAGGUCUGAAGGAUGGAAACUCAAUUGCCUUCCGCUUUCAUAAAUCAACUGAGGGUCAGAAUGGCGGUCUUGAUAUGGACCUUGACGGCGAGGAUCCAGGCUGGGAUGUCGUCAUGCCGAGCUAUGAGGAAGAGCCAGAGGAAGAGCUAGAGUCACUAUGA